UCGACAAAAUAUCUUUAGUUUGUUUUUGUUGACGAGAUUGAUCUGAUUUAAAUCAUAGAAAUGGCAUCUUAUUUCGACGAACAUGGAUGUGAACCAACAGGAGAAACUGGUCCAGAAUUAAAUACCCUGCUUCGGUGGGCUAGGAUUUUAAUUAAUGAUGUCAGACAGUAUGCUGAAAGUGAAGGUUUGGAACUCCCACCAGAUAUCAGAAAAGCUCCCCCAGCAUCAAAGGAAUGUAUUGCCAAUUUGAAAGAGACAAGAGUUUCAACAGACAGAGAAGAGAAAUGCCCUGUUUGUUUGCUACCCUAUCGAGUUGGGGAUGUAACAAAGACGUUGCCAUGUGUGCAUGAAUAUCACCAGACCUGCAUUCUACCAUGGCUUGACAAGACUAAUUCAUGUCCCAUGUGCAGACAUGAGCUCCCCACGGAUGAUGAAGAUUAUGAAGAAUACAGAAAACACAAAGCAAGGGCCAAGCAGAGACAGUUUGAAACAGAGAGUCUACACGACGCUAUGUAUAGCUAGUGGGACUACAUUGAAAAGAAGCAAUCUUUAAUAGUGAACUAUUAAUUAUGUGAUGAGUCAUCAAUCAUAUAUAUUUGCCAUCCAAUUGUAAAGUCCAUGAAAUCCUUGAUUUUGAUUGGCUGUUGAGCAUUGUUGCCAUGGUAGUUAUAAUCGAAAGGCAGAGUUACCAUACUAGUAUAUUUUAUGCAAUGAGGUCUGGUGGGUGCUUCAUAAAGAUGUUGGCAAGUUACUACCGACUUUACACUUGACUGGUGAUACCUUCUUGAGCUACAUGUAAAUGAAUGAAAAACAGAUUAUAACACCUGAGAUGGUAUCACCAGGGGCCUGUUGCAUAAAAGAAAAAACUCAGGCAGUUUUUUUUUACCAGAGGUUUUGUAUAAUGUGUCAGUGGCAUAUUUUGUUUGCCAGAGUUUUUUAUAGCAUAAGUUUUAUGCAACAGGGCUAUUUUGUAAUUUACAAGCAGUUUUAUGAAAUACCAUACUGCUCAUUAAAGAAAAAUAUAGAUUUUUAAUUAAGUUUUCAUGCCAUUAUCUAUAAUGUUACUGUGGUGGUCGGACCUAUUAUUUAUUUUUUGUUGGAGCCGGUAAUGUCACAGCAAUAACUAAUGUCACAACAGUGUGUUAUUUACAUCUUGUAUCAACAUCUGACAUCACAGUCUGAAAGAUACGACUGGGCCUACUGUUGGUGCUGUGUUAGUGCUAACAACGGCCGGUACAGUUAGAAAUAUUCUAUUACAAAUGGGGAUUAAAGCAUGAGACAUCUCUCUUACUUUGUGAAUGCUUGAUCUAAGUGCUCAAAUGCGGAUAAUAAUUCAUUUGCUUCUUUGCGUGCAAUGUGAUCUACAAAAACGGUAUGUUUAUAAAUUCUGCCAGUUUUAAAUUAGUUCAAUUCAUAGUAGCCUAUCUUGGGUAAUGCUAGAAAGUAGAUGUAAACCAUGUUAAUGGGUUUUGAGAAACCCAAAAUAGUGUAAGCAUAAAUUUUAGAUAUAGUAAACAAACAACCAAGUUAGAAAUUCAAA